AUGGCGGACUCAUCUUCCACAUCUCUCCCAUAUCAUGAACCAAGCAUCAUCACUAUCCUUAUUCAGUCAUCUUUCUUACUGCUUCUCAAUACCAUCAACUCUGUCCUCGAUAAAACCCUCUACUGCGGGCUGCUCGGCCAGGUCUUCCUCGGAGUCGCCUGGGGCGUGCCGGGUGCUCAAUGGCUCGGACUAGAACCCCAGGAAGUAAUCGUCCAGUUAGGCUAUCUUGGCCUUAUUCUACUUGUAUACGAAGGAGGCUUGUCGACCAAUUUCUCCUCCCUCAAAGCAAACCUUGCCCUCUCAACCGUUGUGGCUAUCACCGGCAUCAGCGUUCCAAUAAGUCUUUCGUUCAGCUUGCAAGGCCUCGUCUGGGCAACUCCACUACAGGCGUUCGCGGCGGGCGCGGCACCGUGCUCCACUAGUCUAGGCACGACGUUCACGGUGCUGAGUGCUAGUGGCCUGACGACAACUCGUCUCGGCGUUGUUCUCACCAGUGCCGCCAUGAUGGAUGAUGUUGUAGGACUGGUGAUGGUGCAAGUGAUCUCGAAUCUUGGCGGCUCAUCAGAUGCCAUCAGCGCUGUGACGGUGGUUAGGCCUGUCCUGGUAUCUCUCGCAUUUGCUGUUGCGGUCCCGGUUGCCUGCCGACUCCUCGUCAAGCCACUGACGGUCUGGCUUAACGGCCAACGCCAGGGCAAUCAGUCAGGAUUCGUGCACAGGACCUUGUCCCGUAUACAGACUGCCUUCGCCGUGCAUACUCCCUUGCUCCUGGGCUUUGUUACGGGAGCAUCGUAUGCUGGUACAUCAAACCUCUUCGCGGCCUACCUAGCGGGCGCCGCUAUCAGCUGGUGGGACGAAGAGGUGCCACAUAUAUGCAUAGACCCAAAGGGCAGAAAUAGAAGGCCUUCUUUGCCCGAUGCAGGUGGAAGUGAUCUGACUCCCGCGAAGCAGUCACAGCCCGCAGAUACGCAGCCAAGCCGGAACAGCGUAGAAGCAGAGGUUACGGCUCCUACCGGUUCAGCUGAAGCCAUAUCGCAUAGUAACAGGCUGGUAGAGGGGCCAUUGAUAGGAGAUAUCAGUAACGGAAACUCUGGCAUAGCAGUCUACGAGGUGUACUACGAACAAGCCGUAAAUAGAAUCCUCAAACCCUUGUUCUUCGCGUCAAUCGGCUUCUCCAUACCCAUCACCCGCAUGUUCACCGGCCCCGUACUCUGGCGCGGCAUGAUCUACACCAUCCUGAUGGCCUUUGCUAAGCUGGUCUGCGGGAUCUGGCUUAUCCGGCUCUCAGCACCGCCUUCCAAGAUUCUCGAAUACGCGCGCGUCAAGGUACAAAUCCCACGUCUCGCCCACUUCUGGGGCCGUAGAAGCGACUUGAGCAAGACCACAUCUCCUCGGCCGCAGAAGCCUACGCAGGCCUCUGCGCGAAGCAGCGACCCGCCGGAGCCGCAGCCAGCAACAGAGCUCUUGUCCAUCCCCGUCGCAUCCGCCGCCACUUCCCCUCCCGCUCCUGAACCCCCAACACGGCAGGCCCGCUUCCGCUCCGAAAAUCCCGCGAAGCCUCGCUCCCUGUAUCCAGCCGCCAUCCUCGGCAGCGCGAUGGUAGCCCGCGGCGAGAUCGGCUUCCUGAUCUCCUCGAUCGCAGAGACGAAUGGGAUCUUCGCGUCUUCCGGAAGCGGAGGGGAGUCAGACAUCUUUCUUGUAGUCACGUGGGCGAUUGUGUUGUGUACCGUCCUCGGUCCGCUCUGCGUGGGAUUGUUGGUGCGGAGGGCGAAGAGGUUGGAGGGGGAAAGGGAGAGCGGGGCGGGGGAUGUGCUGGGGGUUUGGGGUGUGCGGUGA